UCAGCCACAGUAUGCUGGAAGCAACCCAAGAAACCCCAACUCUCCUCCAACACUCCAUCAACUCUCCUCCAACACUGACUCAACUCACUUCACCUGUUGCUCGAGCGUUGGUUGUGCUAUGAUCUACGAAUACUCCAACAGUGUGACAACAACUCCCGCGAGAUACGAAUAAUCGCGGCUUCCUAUAGAACGGCUCUCCUAACUGUAAAAUUCGAGUGCGACGCGAAGUGAAAGAUAAUAAGAAAUUGAGUGUUUUUCGCCAAUAUGACUUCUGAAGAAAAUGCCCCCGAAUCAAAAAGACCUUCCAAUGGGAUGAAUUACGAGGCAAUAAACGACAUCUUGGGUCACAUGGGGAAAUACCAACGCUAUGUCUUCUUUCUUGCUUGCUGGGGUUCGUUUAUGCCCGCCAUGGUGGUCGUUGGCAUGACCUUUCUGGGAAAUUCCAGCAUGGAUAAAAGAUGCUGGGUACCAAACUGUGAUAGUGACAACUCCACUUACAAUGCAAGUUUCUUGGAUUACACAAUACCUUUUAAUGAGGGGAAGGAUCAAUAUGAAGAGUGUGAAAUGUUUGACCUCAAGGAUCCUGAAGAUAAUUCAACCUGUACAGUCGCAGACUUUGACCAAAGCGCGCCGCCAGUUAAAUGUUCCAAAUGGGUCUAUGAUACGGAGCUGUUCACGUCGACCACUGUUACUGAUUUUGACCUGACCUGCGACAGAAGCUUCCUUGGUCCCCUCGCUGGUUCCAUGUACAUGCUGGGGAUGUUGCUUGGCGCCAUCAUCAUCGGUGACUUCGCUGAUCGCUUCGGUCGGAAGUAUGGGAUCCUCGUGUCUGUGGUGUUGCUGGGUGGCGGCGGUGUACUCAGCGCCGUUUCGCCCAACUACGUCAUGUUCCUCAUAAUGAGGUUCUUCACUGGUGCCGGUGGCGUUGGACUUUUCCAAGUCACGUUUGUCCUAGCCGUCGAAUUUAUUGGUGCCAAGUGGAGAACAUUUUGUGGCAUUAUCAUUGAAGUUCCUUUCGCGUUAGGCGAGGCCACGACUGGUGUCCUGGCCAUUUUCAUUCGAGAGUGGCGAUGGCUUCAGGUAGCAAUCACGGCUCCAGCCUUCCUACUUGUCUCAUACAUGUGGAUAAUGCCAGAAAGUGUUCGUUGGUUGGUAUCGCAAGGAAGAAGAGGUGAAGCAAUCAAGAUCAUUGAGAAAGCAGCAAAAGUCAAUGGGGUAGAAGUUCCGAAGCAUCUCCUAGAGGAUCCAAGUGCAGAGAUAUCAACAGUUGAUGGCAGUUUGUCUCUUGCAAAUAGCAAAGCUGAGCUUGUUUCUGAUGAUGUCACCGACAUACAACCUAAACAAAAGAGGACCGUCUUUGACCUUUUGAAGAAACCCAAUAUGAGGAAGCGUUCGUUUAACAUGUUCUUCUGUUGGGCAGUGUGCACUCUAGUUUACUACGGACUUUCUAGCAACUCCGGUAACCUUGGUGGAAAUAUUUUUGUGAACUUCAUUCUUACCAUGUUGAUUGAGAUACCAUCUUAUAUAUUCAGCUACUUAGUUCUUGACAGAAUGGGCAGGAAAGGCACACUCUCCUUUGUUCUUUUGCUUGGUGGCAUCGCUUGCUUCGUGUCCGGAUUUAUCCCAGAAGAGAUUGGAUGGCUGAUUGUGACCUUGAGCCUUGUGGGUAAAUUUGGUAUUGCUGCUGCCUUUGCUAUCGUCUAUGUCUAUUCAGCCGAGAUUUUCCCAACGGAGUACAGAAGUGUGGGUAUUGGCGCAUGUUCCAUGUGUGCCCGAGUUGGUGGAUUAAUAGCACCAUUUAUCGCAUAUUCAGCUAAAACAUAUAAGCCAUUACCUCUUCUCAUUUUUGGGGCUCUGUCAAUUAUCUCCGGAACCUUAAUUGUCUUACUGCCUGAGACUGUGGGCUGUGAAUUACCUCAAACUUUGCAAGAGAGUGAAGACUUUGGCAAGGACCAGUCUAUAUGGUAUUUCUCCUGUUGUAGUAGAAAAACAGAGUCGCCAUCUUCUGUCGUAACUCCUGAGGGAUCAUCUGAAAGGAAUGAAAAAACAGGAGAGUGACCAACAACUAGUUAUUAAAAUUUGCUGCUUCAGUUUCAUUUCUGUUCUUACUUUCAUUCCAGUUUUUAUGUGCAAUGUAAGUUGAACCUACAAACAUUUAGAAAAAAAUAUAAUUUAGGUAUGGUUUAUGCCAAGUACAAGCUUGUGUAGAGAUUCUAAUAACAGCCCUGGGGUAUUAUUACAGACGUCCUCAAAUGCCUGAAAUAUUAUGUAGAGUAGUAACAUUACAUCCAUUUAUUACCCUGGAUGACCCCAUUUCUACUUGUAUUUUUUAAAGAUAAAGUCUGAAAUGGUCUUAUGGCUGAUUAUUAAUGUGAGGAUAGGCCAGAGGUUGCAGUAGAUUUAUAAAAAAAAAAUUAGCCGGCUCUCAAUGCACAUUUGUGAUAUUUUUAUGAGAGGUUAAUGCAUUAAAGUUCCAUCUGAUAAUCAGCCCACUCUUUUACUGUAAAUAUCCCAUGGAUUUACUUCUUCCUCAUUCGAGUAUAGGAUGAUCGAGAAUGUGAAAUAUCAAAAGACACUUUUAAACAAAAGUACUGCCAUGAUUUUCAGUCACGACUGCAGUAGUGUUGUUAGUGGGUGCAUUUUACCUGGCUCUUUAAUCAUGAUUUUUGGUACUAUACAAUUAAUGUUUUACCUAUAACAAUUAAAUAAAAGCCUAUUUAAAUUAUGUCAGUUGUCUUAAUAUAAUUUCUGUAUAAAUGUAUGAUUUAUUUUUAACAAAGAGUUAUAAAAGGAUUUUAAAAUAUAUCACAGUACUAUUUUUACCAUUGCUUUGCUAUGAACUUUUUGAAGACUGGUUCUAAAAUUCAUAAUUUUCACAGUCACGUUAGUUAGAAAUGACUCCAGCUUCUCUCUCUUAAUGUAAAAAUAGACAAUUUCCAACAUAAAAAGGUGUUAAACAGUGGUGAUAAAUCUUACUAGUUUUUUAUGAUGAAGUUUUUAUCUGUUUAUGGAAAUCAAUUGAAUGAAAUUCAAAUGGUGAUAUAUUCUUUUUAUCCUGAAUUGGUUCACUGUUUAUAGGUGAAGACCAUUGUCUGUAGCAGUUAUUUGACUGAAGAUAUUAUAGCUUUAUAUCUUUUGA